UAACGAUGAUUAUUUAAUGGGUCUCCCACCCCACACUCUUUCUUACACUAACGAUGCUCCGACUGGUACUGACUGUGGUUCUGCCCAUUGCAGCCUAUGGAUGUGGGGUCCCCACGUAUCAUCCCAACACAAGGGUGGUAAAUGGAGAGGAUGCCGGACCCUACAGUUGGCCGUGGCAGGUCUCUCUGCAGUUCCUGAUCAGGGGAGGUAGAUACCAACACACCUGCGGGGGGAGUCUUAUUGCCCCCAGCUGGGUCAUUACAGCGGCUCACUGCAUUCACUACGACUACACCUACCGCAUUGUACUCGGGGAGCACGACCUGAGCCUCGAGGAGGGGGCUGAGCAGUAUAUUUUGAUUAACAACAAUGAUCUCUUUGUCCAUCCCCAAUGGGACGAGGGGUGUGUCCAGUGCGGACAUGACAUUGCCCUUAUCAAACUCUCCAGAGAAGCUCAACUCAAUGACAAGGUCCAACUGGGCUGUAUCCCACCACGAGGGGAGCUUCUCUCCCACAACCAACUCUGUUAUGUCACCGGCUGGGGGCUACUUACCUCUUCAGGACCUUCUCCUGACAUCCUUCAGCAGGCCGACCUACCUGUGGUGGGCAUUUCUAUCUGCACCCAGUCUGACUGGUGGGGGAAAAUCAAUGAGGAAUACCUUGUGUGUGCUGGAGCUGCUGGGAAGGCUGCCUGUAGUAGUGACUCGGGGGGACCCCUGAACUGUAAGAGCAGUGACGGGAGGUGGUUUGUUUAUGGGGUCACCAGCUUUGGCCCUGGGGCCUGUAAUUUACCCAAGAAACCCACUGUGUUCUCCCGAGUGUCGGCUCAUAAUGACUGGAUACAGGAGGUCAUGGAUAAGAACUAGUGAAGCCGAGAGAACGGGUCCAAUGGCACCGACACCUCACGGGGCAGAACUAAAGCUUUAGACCAACGUCUUUCUCUAAAGUCUCUGCUUGACCCAAACUCAACUGCCUAUAAAUGUCUGCUCCAAUGACAAUAUGCAAUAAAUGGGCUGGUUCUGAAUCACA